CAUAUUUCCUUUCCCUCUCAAUUCUACAACCUUCAACAUUAAUGGCUCGUCUCAGUCUUUUCAUACUGCUUCUACUACUCUCUCUAGUUUGCAUUACGGGCGCGGAGAAACCAGCUAGGUUUCCAAGACGCUCCCGGUCUCGGGCCUACAUCGAAAACGCAUGCACUAAGACCCUUUAUCCAUCCCUGUGCAUCCAAUACCUAUCAGUCUCUGCAAACUCAAUGACAAUACAAACUCCACAGCAACUAGCCCAAGCUGCCUUAUCCGUGAGCCUAUACAAGGCCCUCCAAACAAGAACAUUCAUGUUGAAAGUGGUUAAGGAGCUCAAGGCAAGGAAAUCCAAGGAUUACCAAGCAGUGAAAGACUGCUUAGAUCAAAUUGGUAAUAGCGUGGAUCAACUUAGUCAAUCAGUUAGAGAGCUCCAUCGCUUGGAACGCCCAGAUGCUGAAGGAGGUGAUAACGUCUUUUGGCACAUAAGUAAUGUUGAAACUUUUGUAAGCUCUGCCAUGACUGAUGCUAGCACUUGUUUGGAUGGGUUUCCGGGGAGGAAUAUGGACAAGUCAAGGGCCAUGAUUAAGGCCAAGGUUUUGAACGUGGCUCAGACUGCUAGCAAUGCAUUAGCCCUGUUUCACCGGUAUGCUGCAAAGUACAAGCCAUAAGUCUAGAUGUAAUUAAGCUUUGCUUAUGUUUCUGGAUCAAACUUUGUAGGUCAACAUUUCUUAUUGUGUAAUAUAUAUAGAUGCAUGCACGAAAGUGUUCAAAGGAGGCAUUUGUGAGUGUGAGUUCUGUGAAUUUCUUGUAAAGUUAUAUACAAAGUGAAAGUAAAACAAAUUCCAUUUAAGAA